UGUUUAAGCAUUUAUUUCAUUCGAUACUUGGAUUGAUGCAUUUGUUGUGUAAACCCCUGAGAGUUUGACAUUGUGUCCUCCUGCUGAUGUCAGAUAAGGUUACAUGUAAUUACAGAGCCUACAUUUUAGACAUUCUAAUGAAAUGUCUAAAAUAUAAUAAAUAUGUUUAAUUGACAUACAUGUUUAACUUUACAUAAUUUAGGUAAUUUUUGGGAAAAGCCUUGAUAUUUGAAGUAAGAGAUUAAUACCUCUUUUCCACCAACAAAGUGCUGGUGCCGGAGCUGGUUCCACAAUCCAGAAACAGAAGUCAGGGGACGUUUUAAACGCCUUUUUUGUGAUGUUUGAAUGCCCCUCUCUUUGGCCGUUUCUUUGGCCGACGUUUCUGGCAGAGAACAUGUCAUUUUUGUGGUGGAAAAGCACAGAACUGUAUGGGAACUUGGCACCAAACAAUGGCCAAAACAGUUGGAACACUACAAUAGUGCUGAACUUUACUUUUUUAUGGUGCCAGAAGCCUUUACCUCAUGAUCUGUCCAUAAUUAAAAGCGGCUCCACCAUUAUGAAAGGGACACGCCUGAUGUGAUUUCUGUGAAUACCUCCCUCAGCUGUUGUUUGGGACACACCUUGUGUUAAACUCAAACAUUGCUUUUUGCUUAAGGAUACAGUAGAAUGAGUUUACUGCACACUAGAAACUAAAUUUAGGAGUCAGUAAUAUAAUUAUUCCAUCACUGUUGUUUUGUUGGAUCAUUAGGCUACAUUCAAAACAAGAUUAUUAGAUGUGAUCAAUGCUUUUAUUUUAAAAUAUGCUGAACAGUUAAUUCAUGCAAAACUUCUCUUUCUUCCCCCCCAAGGAUCUCUACACAGGCCAGGAUGAUCUGUUCACUGAGAACAGCCUGCAUGCAGCUCUGUGUGGAGCCCCAUAACACCAGGCAUGGAGGACAGUCCAGAGCCAGUUAGUGACGUAUCGUGAAUCAUCAACUGUUUGCUUUCCUUCCAAAACAUGAAGAAUUAAAUUAUUAAAAUCUUGAGCCUAUGGUUAUGUCAGAGUAAAUGAAACCAAAAAAAUAAAGUCUAGCCACAAAUAUAAGAUUCUUUAAUCUGUUAAGAGUAGUCUUAAAGUACUUUCUAAAAAAACACUUAGAGGAGUUUGUUUUCAACCCUCCUUGAUACUGUCUUUUAACUGGCAAUGGGCCCAAGACGUAAGUGAACUCAAUCGGCUGGUGACAAAGUAACCCCUGGGACAAGACAUGUUAGGGUGAAGAGAAAAGCCUCUUUACCACCCACCUGUGAUUCAACAAAAAAGCCUCGGUCCAUGAAAGAACAUUCACCCGUCAGCAGUGGAGGAGGAAGCUCUGAGUUACGAGCUGAAACACAGAGAGCAGUUUCUCCAGAGCCCAGCUGUGUGUCUAUGAAAAGUGACCAGUCCAAGGAUUUGUCUGUAAAGUUCAGCAGUGGACGAAGAAGCUCUGCAUCACGCGCUGGAACACAGAGAGCAGUUUCUCCAGAGCCCAGCUGUGUGUCUAUGAAAAGUGACCAGUCCAAAGAUUUGUCUGUAAAGUUCAGCAGUGGACGAAGAAGCUCUGCAUCACGGACUGGAACACAGGGAGCAGUUUCUCCAGAGCCCAGCUGUGUGUCUAUGAAAAGUGACCAGUCCAAGGAUUUAUCUGUAAAGUUCAGCAGUGGAAGAGGAAGCUCUGCAUCAAGGACUAAAACACAGAGAUUAGUUUCUCCAGUGUCUGUGACAAGUCAUUCUGUACCAUUCAGCAGUGAACCUAUGCCUUCUGAAACAAAAAUGAAGGAGAAAAAAUUGUAUCAUGUAUUUAAGAUGGUGGAACAGAAGCUGAUCUCUUUAGUAAAGAAGGAGCUGAAAACAUUCAAGAUGCUUGUGAGUUCAGAUUACCCAGCAUGCUCUGAGAGAGAGGUGGAUGAUGAGGAAGAUCAGAGAGAAGGAGUGCUGAAGAUCACACUGCACGUCCUGAGGAACAUGGAGGAAAUGGACAUUGCUAACACACUAGAGAGCAAAUUAGCCCCAGCAUGUCACAGAAAGCUCAAAUCCAAACUGAGGGAUAAAUGUCAGAGAAUAAACGAAGGAAUCUCUGGCCAUGGAAACUCAACACUCCUGAAUGAGAUCUACACAGAACUCUAUAUCACAGAAGGAUGGAGUGGAGAGGUCAAUCUGGAACAUGAAGUGAAGCAGAUUGAAGCUGCCUCCAGGAAAAGGGCAACACAGGAGACUCCAAUCAAAUGCAGUGACAUCUUCAAACCAUUACCAGACCAAAACCGGCCCAUCAGAACUGUACUGACUAAAGGAGUUGCUGGAAUUGGAAAGACGGUCUCAGUGCAAAAGUUCAUUCUGGACUGGUCUGAGGGAAAAGAAAAUCAGGAUGUUCUCUUCAUAUUUCCACUUCCUUUUAGAGAACUGAAUCUGAUGAAGGAGAAGAAGAUCAGUUUGGUGGAUCUUCUUCGUUGUGUCUUUCCAGUAACACAAGAUUUAAAACCACGACAUUAUAAGAGCUACAAAAUCAUGUUCAUCUUUGAUGGUCUGGAUGAGUGUAGGCUGCCUCUAGAUUUCCAGAACAAUGAGAACUUGGUCGAUAUAGAAGAACAAUCUUCCGUGGAUGUCCUACUAACAAACCUCAUCAAGGGGAAUCUGCUUCCCUCUGCUCUCCUCUGGAUUACCUCUCGACCAGCAGCAGUCAGUCAGAUCCCAUCUGAAUGUGUUGACCAGGUAACAGAAGUGCGGGGUUUCAGUGACCCUCAGAAGCAGGAGUACCUCCAGAAGAGGAUCAGUGAUCAGGACCUGGCCAACAAAGUCUUUCUGCACAUCAGGUCCUCAAGAAGUCUCUACAUCAUGUGCCACAUACCGGUCUUCUGCUGGAUUGCAGCCACUGUUCUGGAGAGAAUGCUAAGUGAAGCUGAGAGUGAAGAAAUCCCCAAGACACUGACGCAGAUGUUCACACACUUCCUGAUCUUUCAGAUCAAACACAGAAGCCAGAAGUACAGUGGAAAAGGUGACCUUGAUCCACACCAGACUAGAGAAAGUAUUCUGGCUCUGGGGAAACUGGCUUUCCAGCAGCUUGAAAAAAGAAACCUGAUCUUUUAUGAGGAAGACCUAAGAGAGAGCGGCAUCGAUAUAAGAGAAGCAUUAGUGUACUCAGGUGUGUGCACACAGAUCUUCAGAGAGGAACAUGAGCUGCACAUGGGGAAGGUCUUCAGCUUUGUACAUCUGAGCGUUCAGGAGUUUAUUGCUGCUUUAUAUGUGUUUCUCUGUUUCAGUGACGAAAAUGUUCUAAAUCAGCAGACCCCUGAACAGCAGACACCUGUACAGCAGACCCCUGUACAGCAGACCCCUGUACAGCAGACCCCUGUACAGCAGACCCCUGAACAGCAGACCCCUGAACAACAAACCCCUGAACAGCAAACUGAACAAUCAGCUCCUGAAAAGCAAUCCACUGAACUCUACAAGCUUUUCAGCAGGUCACCAAUGACCGACUUCCUUCACAGUGCGGUGGACAAAGCCUUACAGAGUGAGAGUGGACACCUAGACCUGUUUCUUCGUUUCCUUCUGGGUCUCUCACUGGAGUCUAAUCAGACUUUCCUACGUGGCGUACUGCUACGGGCAGACAGGAGCUUUCACAGCAGCGAGGAGACUGUCAAAUACAUCAAGGAAAAGAUAAAAGAGAGUACAUCUCCAGAGAAGUCCAUCAACCUGUUGUACUGUUUAAAUGAACUGAAUGAUCACUCUCUGGUCCAAGAAGUGCAGAGAUAUGUAAGGCGAGACAGUGACCGCAGUUUUCAUCAGGUCAGUCUCUCUCCUGCUCAGUGGUCGGCUCUGGCGUUUAUAUUGCUGAACUCAGAAGAAGAGCUGGAGGAGUUUGAUCUCAGUAAAUAUGACCCAUCAGAGGAGUGCCUUUUCAGGCUGCUGCCGGUAGUAAAAGCGUCCAGAAGAGCUUUACUAGCUUCAUGUAAUCUAGGAGAAAGGAUCUGUGAAAAUGUGGGAUCAGUUUUAAGCCUUGAAAACUCCUCCCUGAUAGAGCUGGACCUCAGUAACAAUGACCUGCAGGAUUCAGGAGUGGAGCUGCUCUGUACCGGACUAAAUAGUUCACACUGUAAACUCCAGAUUCUCAGAUUGGCUUUGUGUAAUAUUGGUGUAAGCAUGUGUGAAAAUAUGGUAUCAGUUUUAAACCUGGAAAACUCCCUGAAAGUGUUGGACCUCAGUAACAAUGAUCUGCAGGAUGCAGGAGUGGAGCUGCUCUGUGCUGGACUGAAGAGUUCUCACUGUAAACUGGAGAUACUCAGGUUAUCUGGUUGCAUGGUCACAGAAAAAGGCUGCUCUUAUCUGGCUGCAGCUCUGAGUUCAAACCCUUUCCACCUAAAAGAACUGGAUCUGACCUACAAUCACCCAGGAAAGUCAGGAGAGAAGCUUCUUUCUGCUAGACUGGAGGAUCCAACUUGCAAACUAAAGACACUCAGACUGGAACAUGGAGGGAACAUGAGGAUGAAACCAGGACUGAAAAAAUAUGCCUGUGAUCUCACACUGGACCCAAACACAGCAAACAAACGUCUCUCUCUGAGUGAGGGGAACAGAAGGGUGUUGUAUGUGGAAGAGGAACAGUCGUACCCUGACCAUCCAGAGAGGUUUGAAGUGUGGUGGCAGGCGAUGAGCAGCGAGAGCGUGAGUGGACGCUGUUACUGGGAGGCAGAAUGGAGCGGAUGGGGAGCCGAUAUAGUCCUCGCAUAUAAAACCAUCAGCAGGAAAGGAGGUGGUAAUGACUGUGGGUUUGGACGGAAUGAAAAUUCCUGGAGGCUGAUCUGCUCUGAUAACAGAUACACUGCAUAUCACAACAAUAACGGCACUGUACUUCAUCCCCCUCCCUCCAGCUGUAAGAGAGUAGGAGUGUAUGUGGACUGUCCGGCCGGCACUCUGUCCUUCUACAGCAUCUCCUCUGACACACACCACUCACUCACACACUUACACACAUUUAAUACCACAUUCACUCAACCCCUCUAUGCAGGGUUUGGGGUUGAUUAUGCAUCCUCAGUUUGUGUGUGUGAGAUAGAAUAGCACCAUUUGUGUGUGUGUGUGCAGAGCCAUGAGAUUUUUGAAGUGCAAGUGGUUUAUACUGCACAUGCUUUUUUUUAAAGACUUUUUGUUAGAAUGGCUUAAGCUGCGAUUUUUUUCUUAAGGGAACCUAGGCUGUCAGUCACCCUGGAAGCACUUAGUCCCUAUUGUUAUAUAAAUUACCAACAGUGCAUUUACACACAACACCCCCCAACUCAUUGCCCUAAAUUCUACAGAGGCUUUUCCUCUACCUGGCAGUGCAGGAGUGAGGGGUAGUUAGUUUUAUGUUUACUGCAGAGAGAUUCAGAAUUUUACUCCUGAAGUGCAUGAACCUGGCAGAGGCAUUCUGGGAAUCUGUCUUUUGGCUUUAAUGGUACGUGUCCACUAGCAAUUUUUCUUUAACGCAAUCUGCCAUGCUGAAUCUCUAAGCGUGUCGUGUGGGCGUGUCCGUGACAUUUCAAUUCAAAUGAAGCAACAGAUGUAGACAAUCAUUGUUUUGUCAUUUUUAAUCAACUUCACUGUAAUCUAUUGUCCUAUCAAUCUAUAUUCUGCCAUUUUUAGCUUGUCUUGUUUGGUUAAAAUGCGCCUGUUCUGUGUGUAUGGUGCUUGUAUGUGUGUGGUGUAGCAACCUGCUCUUCCCCGAUUGGCUGAACACAAUGUGGCGGAUGGAUUCAUUUGAAUAAAGUUGAGCUCUGCUACACUUUUUGGUUGCUUUCAACCCAGCAUGCACUGCAGCAUGCGGCGGCUCUCUCUGUUGAAAUAAAUAUGAUGUGUUGAGGCUUUAGUGCUAAUGGACACGUACCAAAAGCGUAAAGGGUGGGAUUCAGAAAGUGUUUUAGGCAUGAAAAUGGAGUGGCUAAAUUCGGACACAUGAUGCUGGGUAGAUGCAUUGUGGGAAUUGUAGUGCUGAAGCAGAGUUUGUCUUUUUGCUGUAAAGUGCCUUUAUUGGACUACAGUGACCAUAUCAGAUGAGACAGCUGCAAGAAAUAUACCAGACAAGAUGAGUAAUGAAUACAUCUAUUCAAAGUCCUCAAAAUGUGACCAUGCGAAGUCGAACAAACAUAAAAUACAAACAUCUAUACAUUUAUAUUUUACUGUCACAAAGUUCAAAGUAAAAAAAAGAAAGUGAGUAAAGAAAGUGAUCAUAGUUUAUUUUUUGUUUUUAAUGUUUAUUUAUGUCUCUGUAAGCUAAAUAUACACUUGUAUUGUAACAAUUGUGCAUAUCUCUGUAGGAUAUACAGAGAGAAAGAGAAAGUUUUGCUGUUAUUGUUGGAAUGUGUUGACAGCUUAACAGCUGCUGGAAUUCACUUGUGUUUAUCCACACAAGAACAGUGGUGUAGGGCCUUGUAACUUUACUCAAUAUUAAUAACAUCUACACAAAAAAAAAGAUACAACGUUUUUACUUUUAUUCAAUUUUACUAUCUGUUUUAUUUGUUAAGCUCUGUAAUCCUGACACAACAGUUGACAUAACAGAUUAUGUCAUAUGUCAUCAGCAAAGGCUGGUCACUUGCCAUAGUUGUUGUCAUAUUGGCAGCAACGUUGACAAAUGCAGCCUAUAUGACAGCUGACACAUAUUGGAAUAAGCAUCUAUAAAUGUUUAUGUAUGUUUUUGUCAGUUUUCAUUAAGUGCCUUUGUAUGUGUCAUGUAGCCUUCUUUACAGUACCCUACAGAAAAAAUAAGUCACAAAUAAGUCACAUCUGCUCUAUUUGGUUAUAAAGAAUUAUAUAAGGUAUAAAGGUUUGCAAACAUAUUGUCCAAUUGCUUUUUUAAUUUCCGUUUAGUAAGUUCAGUAAUUUUGCACUUGUACAUAUUUAUACACCUAUUUAUACAAGCACUUUUAUUUAUUUAUUACCACAUAAUUUCAUGCAUAUUCUCCAACUUUGAUUUCAGACCAAUUGAGACAGAUAUAUGCGAAAAUGUGUUUUUCCCCCAUUCUUUGAAGUAUAUGGAAAAUCUGUCUCAUCUGGGAUUCAUUUCACAAAAGUAUAUUAAUGCAUAACAUUUCUGAAAAAAAAAGGAUUUGUUUCUUUUCUACUUUUUAUAAAUAAAUAAUGUACACAAUGUGCUGUUGCACUAUACUGCAUGAAGUUUUUUUUUUUUUCAAAAAUCCCCAAAAACACCAGCAUUAAGUUUAUCUGAAUUUAUUAUUUUAUUGUACUUUAAAUAAAUAAAGGCUUAAUAUUG